AUGAACGUAGCAUUACCUUCGAUUCAACUGCCGGUUGAUUACAAUCAAUUGUCCUCUGAAAUUGAUGAUUUUUUAUUGCACUUUAAAGAGGAUGUAGUGGCAGUAAAGGAAAAUAAUGGUAGUGAAAUGGAGGAUAUUACCGAAGAUGGAGUGGGAAAAGGUCCGAAAUAUAUGGCUUUGUUACAAAAAGUCGCCAAUAGAGAAUUGAAAACAGUAGUGAUAGAACUAGAUGAUAUUUUUAAGUAUGAGGCUGAAAAGCUUUUUACAGGUGUAAGCUCUGGAUCUAACUUAUUAUCCUCUAUCGAAGAAAAUGCCAAUCAUUUCACCGAAUUGUUCUGUAAUGCAAUUGAUGGCAUCAUGCCCCUACCUACAAGAGAAAUGGAUUAUAAAGAUGAUGUCUUAGAUGUCAUAUUGAAUCAAAGAAGAUUAAGAAAUGAUAGGAUGGUUACUGAUAGAGAAACCGAAAUUAGAGGUGAAAACUUAAUAGAAAAUGAUGCCGAUCCUACUUCUACCAUAGACAUUUUAAGAGAUGCAGCUGCCGAAGAAGCUGAUUUAUUCCCAGCUAAUUUAACUAGACGUUACUUUUUAUAUUUUAAACCUUUGUCCCAAAAACAUGCUAUGCGUAGAAAGCGCUUUAAAUCCACCAGCGCAGCACCAUUAUCAGUUAGACAAAUCAAAGGGAAUUCUUUAGGUAAAUUGAUUACGGUUAGAGGUAUAGUAACAAGAGUUUCAGAUGUUAAGCCCUCUGUCAUGGUCAUUGCAUAUACCUGUGAUCAAUGUGGUUAUGAAAUUUUUCAAGAAGUCCACUCAAAGACUUUUACUCCAUUGACAGAAUGUACCUCUAGAGAAUGUGUACAGAACCAAACAAAGGGUCAAUUAUUUAUGAGUACAAGAGCCUCUAAAUUUAGUGCAUUCCAAGAGUGUAAAAUCCAAGAAUUGUCACAACAAGUUCCGGUCGGUCAUAUCCCAAGAUCUUUGACUAUUCACAUAAAUGGUUCUUUAGUUAGAUCGAUGACUCCAGGUGACAUCGUCGAUAUUACAGGUAUUUUCUUACCAUCACCAUAUACAGGUUUUAAAGCAUUAAGAGCCGGUCUAUUGACAGAAACCUAUCUGGAGGCACAAUAUGUUCGUCAACAUAAAAAGAAAUUUUCAUCAUUUGUAAUGAAUUCUGAAUCUGAUGAGCGUAUUCAAUCGAUCAGAAGUCAAGGCAAUGUUUAUGAAGUUCUUGCUAAAUCCAUUGCCCCAGAAAUCUAUGGUCAUCUAGAUGUUAAAAAAGCACUUUUGUUACUAUUAGUUGGUGGUGUUGAAAAGAGAGUAGGUGAUGGUAUGAAGAUCAGAGGUGAUAUUAACAUUUGUCUGAUGGGUGAUCCAGGUGUGGCCAAAUCUCAAUUGUUGAAAGCUAUCUGUAAAAUUACACCAAGAGGUGUUUAUACAACUGGUAAAGGUUCCUCAGGUGUUGGUUUAACAGCAGCCGUCAUGAAGGAUCCAGUCACAGAUGAAAUGAUUUUAGAGGGUGGUGCAUUAGUGUUAGCUGAUAAUGGUAUCUGUUGCAUUGAUGAAUUCGAUAAAAUGGAUGAAAGUGAUCGUACUGCGAUUCAUGAAGUCAUGGAACAACAAACUAUCUCGAUUUCUAAAGCUGGUAUCAAUACCACUUUGAAUGCAAGAACAUCUAUAUUAGCAGCUGCCAAUCCGUUGUACGGUAGAUACAAUACUAGAUUGUCUCCAUUAGAAAAUAUUAACCUUCCUGCAGCACUAUUAUCAAGAUUUGAUAUUUUAUUCUUGCUACUUGAUUUACCAGAUGUGGAAAAAGAUGCCAAAUUGGCGGAACAUGUUGCUUACGUUCACAUGAACAGCAAACAACCAGAUUUGGACUUUACCCCAGUUGAUCCUUCAUUGAUGAGAGAAUAUAUUGCUUUUGCAAAAACUAAGAGACCUAUUAUGAGCGAAGAAAUAAACGAUUUCUUGAUUAGUAAUUAUGUUAGGAUGAGACAAGAUUCUAAGAGAGAUAUGGAUUCAAGAUUCUCAUUUGGUCAAGCAACCCCAAGAACCUUAUUAGCUAUAAUAAGACUAUCCCAGGCACUAGCCAAGUUAAGAUUAUCUGAUACAAUAGAUAUUGAAGAUGUCUCUGAAGCGCUAAGAUUAUUGGAUAGAUCGAAAGAAUCGUUAUAUGACAAGGGACGUGGCACAAGAGCUGAAGAAAAUCCAACCACCAAAAUCUUCACAGUUAUUAAAAAAAUGGCUCAAGAAGGUGGUCAGGAUUUAAGAACUCUAUCAUAUGAUAAUAUCGUCAAGACCAUAAGAGGUAGAGGUUUUACUAUGUUACAACUGAGCCAAUGUAUUGAAGAAUAUACAUAUUUAAAUGUUUGGCAUUUGAUUAAUAACGGUGAUAUGUUAAAAUUUGUGGAUGAUGAAUAUAAUGAAGAGAACGGUCAAUAUGUACCAACUGUAAGCUCACAACAGGAUACUUCUGAACAUGCACAAGAGAUUCUGCCCACUGAUAUAGAUGAAGAGAUGGGCGACUAA